AUGAAAAUAAACAUUCGAAAUUGGAAUGGUGUCGCCACAUGGAGAUGGGUUGCAAACGAUGACAACUGUGGUAUUUGUAGAAUGCCCUUUGAUGCAUGUUGUACAGAUUGUAAAUUACCAGGAGAUGAUUGCCCAUUAGUUUGGGGACAAUGCUCACACUGUUUUCACAUUCAUUGUAUUAUGAAAUGGCUUAAUUCACAACAAAUCAAUCAUCAUUGUCCAAUGUGCAGACAAGAGUGGAAAUUUAAAGAAUAA